CAGCUAGGCGCUGCUAGGUGCCAGUGCUCGCCGCUAGCGCCUGAAGGUCGCUGGAAGCCCCUGGAGAUCGGGCCAUCCAACUCCCGACGUUGCGAUGGCCUCCCGCUCUUUGUUCCCCAUCUUUCAACCUCCUCUUGCUCUUGUGUUUCGAUUCCACUCACCUACCGCUUGGGUAGACUGGACAAAUUUCCUGCAAUCGGUACAUUGCGCAGGCUCGCCUCCCGAUAGCACAAAAUGACUCUCAACCGGAAAUACGCGGCGUUGCCAGACUUGGAUUCUGCUCCAGACAUCUAUGAAACCCCCGAGCUCACAGACGAUAAUUCCACGGUUCCUACCAUCGCAGCGCGCACCCAAUCCGAUGACGAAUUCUACGACAUCGAGGAAGACACCGCCGGAAUCUCGCGAUCGCGCUUGCGAAUAGACGAAGCCCGCUCCCGUUUCUUACCGGCCAACGUUGACGCCAAUGGGGUCGAUUUCUCGGACCGAGUCGAUGGAAAGCGCAAAUCGUACAAGGCGUCGAGCCGCCGACAGCGCAUCUUACAAGAUGGAACCGAAGAACUGGGCGACCUUUCCGACGAUGACGAUGACGAUGAAGAGAGCCUCGAGCGACGGAUCGCCCGCCUCCAGCGUGAGGUGGCCCUAGCCAAGGAUGAAUAUGCGAAGCGAAAGGCCAAGAGCUCGAACAAAGACAGUCACGAUUCUGCCACAAACGACGAGAGACUGGUUGCCCUCAGCCAGGUCCUGGAUGAGAUCUCCAAGCCCACGAGUGCACGGGUUGCACCUCAUGUGUUAAAGGCACGACCCGAACCGAGCCAGGAAGAGUCCUCGGAGCUACCAUUGGGAGACAAUGCCACCUACACCGUUACUUAUGCGCCAACUUACGAACAAAGCCAUGCUCUAGCCAAGGCCGCCGACUUUGACCGCCGACUUUUGAUGUUGGAAAAGGGGCUUGGAAUCAGCUCCACGUUAAUGCCGGAGGCCGACGCGAGCGGUCUCCCCCGAGCAAUUCUUCCGACCAUCGACUCCAUGAACAAGCAGAUCUCAACUCUUGCACAAGCAUCCACAGCUAAUCUGGAUGCUAUUAGUCGGCGAGUGAGGACUCUGGCCUCCGAGCAGGAAAAGCUAAGCGAUGCUCGAGAGAAGGCCAGGUCUCUCCGAGAAGAGCUUGGUCGACAUGCUCCCUCGACUCCAUCGGAAGAGUCCGAACAAGAAGCCAAGAUCAACGCACUCUACGGAAUUCUACCCACGAUCGAGAACCUCACCCCCAUCCUUCCCCCUUUACUCGACCGACUACGGUCACUGAGAGCAAUUCACGCCGACGCUGCCACAGCUAGCGAGACCCUGGGCCACAUUGAGACCCAGCAAGCGGAGAUGACGGCGGAGCUCAAACAGUGGAACGAGGGUCUGGAGAAGAUUGAGGCGGUCAUGAAGGACAGCAGUGUCGCGGUUGCACACAAUAAGACAGUCAUGGAGGGUUGGGUGAAGGAUCUUGAAGAGCGGAUUGCGGAUUUAUAAUGACGAAGCAUUACACAGAUACCCCAUUGAGAGCUUUCCUAGCACCCCCAAGAAGUCUGCAUGAUUAAAGACGAUUUGGAAUGCUCACUUGACUGUAACUAUUGUACACUGUGACGUUGAUGACAAGACACCGACCUUGCUAAGAAGUCCAG